AUGCCACCAAAGGAAGAUUGGGAUAAAUAUAUACCACCUUCAGAAGAAGAGACCACUGAAAAGAUAACACCAUUAACUGAAGGCGACAUUCAGGUGUUAAAAACAUACGGAACUGCACCAUAUGCAGAUUCAUUGAAAGAGAUUGAAAAAGAUUUGAAGACAAUAGAAGAAAGAAUUAAGACUAAUCAAGGAAUAAAAGAGAGUGACACUGGGUUAGCUCCACCUCAUCUUUGGGAUGUUCUUGGUGACAAACAACGUAUGCUGGAAGAACAGAGUUUACAAGUUGCCAGAUGUACUAAGAUAAUUGAGGCGUCUCAACCACAACAGCCAACAGGAUUACAGAAUGCUGACACCAAAUCAAAAUAUGUGAUUAACAUCAAACAGAUUGCCAAAUUUGUUGUAGGGUUGGGUGAAAGGCUUUCUCCUACCGAUAUUGAAGAAGGUAUGAGGGUUGGUGUUGACAGACACAAGUAUGAAAUUCAAUUACCGUUGCCUCCCAGAAUUGAUCCAUCAGUGACCAUGAUGACAGUGGAAGAGAAGCCAGAUGUUACAUACAGUGAUGUUGGUGGGUGUAAAGAGCAAAUUGAAAAAUUGAGAGAAGUCGUUGAAUUGCCAUUGUUGAGUCCAGAAAGAUUUGUCAAAUUGGGUAUUGACCCACCCAAAGGUAUAUUAUUGUACGGUCCUCCAGGUACUGGGAAAACAUUGUGUGCGAGAGCAGUUGCUAACAGAACAGACGCCACAUUUAUUCGAGUGAUUGGAUCGGAAUUAGUGCAAAAGUAUGUUGGUGAAGGGGCCAGGAUGGUGCGUGAGUUAUUCGAAAUGGCAAGAACCAAGAAAGCGUGCAUUAUAUUUUUCGAUGAAGUUGAUGCCAUUGGAGGUGCCAGAUUUGAUGAUGGAGCUGGUGGCGAUAACGAAGUGCAAAGAACCAUGUUGGAAUUGAUCACACAAUUGGAUGGGUUUGAUCCAAGAGGUAAUAUUAAGGUAAUGUUUGCCACCAAUAGACCAAACACUUUGGAUCCAGCAUUGUUAAGACCAGGUAGAAUUGAUCGUAAGGUUGAGUUUUCUUUACCGGAUUUGGAAGGAAGAGCCAAUAUUUUCCGUAUUCACUCAAAGACAAUGAGCGUUGAAAAAGAUAUCAGAUGGGAAUUAAUAUCCAGAUUAUGUCCUAAUGCCACGGGUGCAGAAUUAAGAUCGGUGUGUACUGAAGCAGGUAUGUUUGCUAUCAGGGCCAGAAGGAAGGUUGCCAAUGAAAAAGAUUUUUUGAAAGCAGUUGACAAGGUUAUUAAAGGUAAUUUGAAAUUCAGUUCAACAAGUCAAUAUAUGCAAUAUAAUUGA